AUGACACAAGAGCUCAUCUUAAUCUCCAUGGAGAUUACUACUGCCUCAGCUGGCUGUGGUUUACUUAAAUACUGGGAAAGGACAGCUGCAGUGCAUCAGUUUCUGUCCCUCUUGGGCUUUUCUUUCUUUCUUCCCACUUACGGGGGGGAGGAGGUUUAUGUCAUUGAUUAUGGCCUUGCUAAGAAGUAUAGAGAUCUUCAAACACACAAGCACAUACCAUACAAAUGUCAAGUGCAGCUGGAUGCAAACUGGUGA